AUGGCAUCCGUCGGAGCAAUCCACGGAGCCAACAUGUACGCCUGGCUUUCCGAGGCCAUCGCAGAGUCCAACAGUUCCCGCCAAUCGGGCGUGACUCAGGCCAUUGAGCUGACUCCUGCCUCGGAGCGCAAUGCCGAGAUGUCAACUAACAAAGAGACUUUGGUCAAUACUGGCAUUCAAGCCUCUGUUGAGAAUCCGGCCCUGAUCAAGAACGAGGCUGGCGCUGAGACCGUGAAGGCAGUUAUCGCUCCGAUCACAUCUGGCACUGAGAUCAAGAUGGCUAUUGAGACCACUUCCCAUACUUCGACCGAAGUCAACAAUCAGUCCAAUGUCAGCACUGAGGUCAAUUUCACUCCUGAAGCCAACAUUGCUACUCUCACUACUGUCAAUCAGGCCACAGUCGAGACUCAAUCCUCCAUUGCUACCAAGAUCACAACUGUCGCUCCUGACACUUUGACUUCUUCCAAGGCUCAGCCCAAGACCGUCACUGAGACAGUCACUGAGACAGUCACUGAGACCACCGUCGGCACUGACAUUACAGCUGCUGCUCCGAAGACCGUCACUCCGUCUGAAGCUACUUUGGCUGAAGGUACUUCGACUGAAGUUAUCAAUUCGACCGAAGUUGUCAAUCCAACCAACAAUACCACCUCAUCCAAAGCCACCAUCUCCUCUCUCACCGAUAUGGCUACCACCCCCGCCAUAACCUACACCCGCCACCUCGCCUCAAUCCGGCGCAUCACCUCCGUAACCUACCUCCCCCCCUCCUCCUCCUCCUCCUCCAACGACAACACCAACAGCGCCAUAGCCCGCGUCGACGGCUGGACAGUCCGCACCUCCCAAUCUGCCUCCAUCACGACCCACAGCCUGGGUCUCCUCCUCGAAGUCGACUCCUUCCUCCCCUGCCGCAUCUUCGACUCCUCGUUUUCCGUGGUCGGCCCCCUGACGGAAUUCGAAGGGGAGCUUGGGUAUCGCGUGGCGACGUAUAAGAUGAGGGUUUUUGGGAAAGACAGGGUUAUACAAGGGUACUUGUUUGCGUUGGAGGAUUUUCCGGGGGUCAAGGAGAGGUUGGAGGAGUUUGUGGAGAGGAAUGAGGAGAUGGGGGAGGAGGAGGUGUUGAGGGAGGUUGGGGGGUGGGAGUUGGAUGGGGAGUUGGGGGUUCGGAAGUGGGUUAAUUAUGAUGAGGAUGGGGAUGAGGAGGACAAUGGCAGGGAGGUGUUGGUGGAGAGUGAGGAUGAGGAGGAGAAUAAGCUUGUGCAGGAGAUUAUGGAGAAGGAGGACAAGGGCCCGAGGGAACCGUCGCCGUUGGAAGUGAUCAAGGAGUUGAUGCGAAAGAUUCGGCAGCAGGGUCUCGACCAAGGUGAGGGUGUGGCGAACAAGGGCAAGGAUGUCGUCGUCAAAGACACGACGGCCGACGAGGUGGUGAACCCGGAUUCACCCAAGGUCACCAAGACCAAAGCCGUGACCGUGACCCCCAUCACGCACAAGACCGCCGUCCUCGCCGCGUCGGCCGCGUCAGCCUCCAUGCCCGCGGCAUCGGUAUCCUUCCCCGCGUCCGCACCCACCCCGUCGCCCGCGCAAGUGUCAUCCGGUCCCGUGGCGACAAAACACGCCGACCCGCCAGCCUUCAUCCCGCGCACCGACAUGUCGCGGAUGCAAAACUGCCCGCACCUGUUCGUCUCCGAGAAGUACCGGGAUUACAUCUUCCAGGAGACGCAGAAACUCGAUGGCGCGACCAUCUCCAUCUACUUUGUCAAGCACACCACCCCCGGCGUCGCCGGCACCGACAAUCUCCCGUUGCUGCCGUCCCCGACCAGCACCGACCCAGCCGACGCCCUCGUCCACCACGCCGUGCACCCCAACGGCCGUCUUGGUGUGUGCAGUCAGCGCCGGGACAUCCUCCCGCACUUGCUAAUGCCCUCGUCUGCUCGCGUGCAGAGGGUCUACUGGACGACGGUUAUCAACUCCGGGCUGACCAAGAUCCUCCCGCUUCUCAACAAAAAUAUCGUCAUCCAAGCGGAGCUGGUGGGUUCCUCAAUCCAGGGCAACCCACACAACUACCCCGAAGGUCAACACGAACUCUUCGUCUUUUCCAUGGCCGAGUUCACGCACAAUAAUCCGAAGCGCAAUAACGCAGAGCCGCCGAGACGGAUUCAUCCGAGGCAGGUGGAGAGGUUUGCGGCCGAGUUUGGGGUCAAGCACGUGCCGGUGGUCGGGUAUCAUACGUUGUGGUCGAUUGCGAAGGAUAGGGAGGGAUUGAUGAGGCGGGCGGAGGAACGGGAGGGGGAAGAGGGAUUGGUGUUUAAGAAUGUUACGACGGGACUGUGGUUUAAGGUUUUGUCCCGGGAGUAUAUCAUUAGGUUUGGGGAUGAGAUGCGGGCGAGGGCGGCUGCGCAGAAUGGGGGGAGGAAGAAGAAGGGGAAGGGGAAGGAUGUCGAGGGGACGUGGUUGGAGGGGAUUAAGGGGGAGUAUUUGGUGAAGCCUGAGGCUGUGGCUAAGGUUGUUGAGAAACCUGCGUUGAAGCCCGAGACCAAAAAGGUUUGUCUCGAGGACACCAUUGCUCAGCACCAUGCCAAGGCUAUGGCAAAGCUUGUUGUUGAGGAGAACACCAAGAUCGAGAUGGAGACCAAGGAGGUUGAGCAGACCGCCAAAGACACCGUCGAGCAGGUCACCGAGACCAUCACCAAGACCAUUGCUGAGACCAUCACGGGUACAACCACCGAAGCCUCCAACGGCUCAGAGACUCCCAAGAGCACCGAAUCCUCCGAGACCACUAACUCCGUCGAGGUUACCAAGACUCUCGAACGUAUUACGGAGACAGCCGAGACUAGCAUCGCGGCCGAAACCAUGGCUCGCAAACUCACCACUGACCUCGUCCAGGAAGAGAACAAGAACAAGACUCCCAACACCGAGGUCACCGUCUCUAUCCAGAAGCAGUCCACCGCCAUCGACAGUGUCCAACCUAAAAACAAGACUCCCAACAACACCGAGGAGACCAAUCCCAUCACUGCCGAGAACCACACCAACACCUCCGCAGAGAACCCCCUCGUUCCGCCCCCCCGCCGCCCAACCACAGCCGCGGCCGCCUUCGCCUACCGGAUCGCCGCCAGCCCUCUCCUCUUCGCCGAGCUAGCCUCCGCGCUCAGCGCUCUGUCCAUCUCGCUAGUCGACCAUCGCCAGCCUACCCAGGUCUCAACUCAGGCCGAGCAGGCGGAGCAAGCCCAAACCAUAACCCUCACCAACCCCGACGGCACAACCACAAGCUACAUCCACCGCCCUGUCCUCCCCACCCCCGAGGAGAUCGCCGGGGUCCGAUACAUCGGCGCGAAUCUGCACGAGUGCAUGGCCCGCGACCGAUGGCUUCGGGAGCGGAUGCUGGAGUGGGCGAGGGGGGCGCCGGAGUGGGCAAAAAAGUAUUGUCCUUUUAUUGUGUUUCUUGAUGAUGGGAGGGUUGGGUUUGAUCCGGGUCGGUUUGCUGGGGUGGUGGAUACUUAUCAGAGGGGGAAUGAGGGGGAUGAGGGGGACCGUGAGAACGGGGACAGUGAGAACGGGGACAGUGAGAAUGAGGAGGAAGAGGAUACCAACUCAGUUCAGGAGGUGGUCAUGAUGGACGAGGAGCCGAUGGAGGAGGUUUCAAUGGACAUGGAUAAUGACGGUUCUGAAGAGGAGGACACCUCCGAGGCGGAAGACGCGCCGACUCCCUCGCCCACUGCUGCCUCCCCGCGUUGGGCCAACCAGGCUUUGAUCGACUGGCUUGGUGUUGAGGGUUUUGGUCUUUGA